AUGUAUCAAAGUGAUUCUCGUUCGAUGAGCAACUUCGAGCUGAAGGCAAUCAAUGCCAUCGAUAAUAGAAGGAUUUAUCGAGGCCUGAAGAGUCUUUUUCUAGAGUAUUGCUCAAACAGUUCCGUACACGGGAUAAAGUAUUUUGCGUGCAAACGGCGAACAAUUUACGAGAAAAUUUGGUGGAUUGUAAUGUUCUUCAUUUCACUUUAUGGUUGCGGUCGUCUGAUUGAGAACGUAUACAAUAAAUGGGACCAAACGCCGGUGAUUGUCAGCUUCAGCGAGAAAAGUACACCGGUUUGGCAGAUUCCGUUCCCAGCAGUGACAAUUUGUCCGGAGACGAAGGUCAAAUCGCAAUAUUUAAACUUCACAACGUCCUAUCACAUGCUGCUUAAUGACACCGAACGGGAAGCUAUGGAUGAGGAAAGCUUCAAUCGGCUGCGAGCAGUGGCUCAGGUGUGUGACGCGCACAUCUUCCACAACAUGUCGCUGGGUCAGGAAUUCGAUCGGGAUUGCGUAGAUUGGCUGCGGAAUGGUUCCGUUUCCGCCAGUGAGAUGUUGAUGUUCUGCAAUUGGCGUAACAAUCCGGGCUACUGUGAUGAUUUUUUCACUGAAACACUAACCGAAGAAGGCUUUUGCUAUACCUUCAACUCGCUAGGGGCGGAUGACUUGCUGAGACAGGACGCACUGCAGAAGGAUUACUCCUAUGUGACGGCAAACAAAUCCUCGCCACAGUGGACGCUGGAAAUGGGGUACCGCGAAGAUGCGGAUAUCGAUACGUACCCACUGAGGGUUCUGGGAGCGGGGGCUAGAGGAGGACUAAAUAUUUUGCUGAUGCUGUACGAUUACGAUUUGGAUUAUUUGUGUAGGGGUCCCGUUCAGGGUUUCAAAAUUCUGCUGCACACCUCCAGCGAGUACCCGCAGGUCUCGAAGCAGUACUUUCGCGUGCCUCUCCACCAAGAGGUGAUCAUCUCGGUAAAACCACAAAUGAUAACCACUUCCGACGGUUUACGUCAUUACGCGCCGCACCGCCGCCAGUGCUACUUCAACCACGAGCGUCGGCUCAAGUACUUCCAAGUGUACACGCAGCAAAACUGCAAACUGGAAUGCAUCACCAAUUACACGCUGAAUCUGUGCGGAUGUGUCAAGUUCUCGAUGCCACGCGACGCCCAAACCAAGGUAUGCGGUGCCAGCAAGAUUGAGUGCUACAACGAAGCGGAGGACGAAUUGGCCGGACAGGAGGUUCGGCACAGUGUGGAUAAAAAAUCCACCCAGCGGAGCACGUGCGAUUGUUUGCCUGCCUGCACCUCGGUGCAGUACGACGCGGAGAUUUCGCAGGCCGACUUUGAUUGGAAGAAUCUUUUCCGUGCCUACAAGAGCCCACUGGACGAGUUUCCGGGCCUGCAGCUAGCCCGCCUGACUAUCUACUUCAAGGAAUCGCAGUUCAUUACGUCCAAACGUAGUGAGCUGUACGGUGUGACGGAUUUCCUAGCCAACUGCGGUGGUCUGCUUGGAUUGUUCAUGGGAAUGAGCCUGCUGAGUUUGGCGGAGAUUAUCUACUUCUGUUUGAUUCGUCCUUGCACACUGCUGAAGGGCUACCGGGCGAAGCAGAGCAAAGUGCACCAGAAUGCGACGUUUGUUGCGCCAGUGUUCGAGAUUGAGAAGCCGAAGGAUACUUAGUUGGUACCGGGAACUUACUUUCUAUUCAUUGAAUAUAGUAUUCAAUGUUCUGUUUUGGAAAUCUUUUUGUAACUUUUGUUGGACUUGAUGUAUUCCACAGCGUUUAAGCUCAUGAAUAGAGUAAUCCCAAAAAGGGUCGAAAUAAAUUAAAAAAAGCUCUAGAAGGCAGUCUCUAGUUGUCCAUAUCA